ACAGAUCGCCGCCGACGCGCACCGCGUAGCCCGACAGGUUGGCCAACCGCGUGUCGACGACAAAUCGGUGGCCGACCGACCGUCCGUAUACAUCCGUCGCGGUGGCCGCCGCCGUCGUCUUCACCCGUCGGCGGGCGACCGAUGGUGGUAACAGUGUUCGCCGCGCACACUCGACCGUCGUAGGACCGCCGCCGUCGCCCGACCGUAGUCCGUACGACUCGUGCACGACAUUCAGUUGUACCCGCCGUCGUCGUCGCUGAGAACGGCGCGCGUUACGUCGAUCGAUUUUAAACGACCCAGGAGGGGCACGCGAGGGCCUGAACGGCGUCCCGAUGAUCGUGGCUAUGGAGAGGAAACUGAUAUCGGAACUUAUCGACGAGUACAAGACGUGCACCUGCCUGUGGAGGAUCAAGGACCCCGACUACAAGAACAAAGAGAUGAAGAACGAGGCGUACGAGUCGCUGCUGCAGUUGAUAAAAAAAUAUAACGAGAGCUGUACAAUGGACGACCUGAAACGUAAAAUAGCCAAUCUGAGAACGUGUUACUUGCGGGAAUUCAAAAAAGUAAUGGACGCAAAAAGAUAUGGUGGAAUAUACGAGCCCAGUUUGUGGUAUUACAAAUCCUUAGAGUUCCUAAACGACCAGCAUCACAGCGAAGACAGAGUCCGGUUGGGCCGCAGUUAUCCGGAUAACAGUGACGAAGAUAACGAGUCAAACGAGACGCAUAACAUCAUGGUGUACGAGGACGUCGACGACCGGGCUGGGUCCGAGGACAAGGACUCGUGUUCCACCGAACCUGAGUACCUGCAGCAACCCUGUACCCCGACCAGCAGCGGCUUGCAAACCAUAUUGAGCGGCAGCGGCGCAGAUGGCGUCAGGAGACCCAAGAGACGGCGGCGGGUGUUGGACGUGUCGCCGGCGCAGAACGGGCCGCCCGCUAGAGCGCCGCCGCCGCCGCCACCGGACCGGUUUUCUGGCAGUGCCGGAGCAGCCGACUUUUACGAACCUCAAAUAUUGGGGGGCGUGGGUGGCGACCCUACCGAUCCGCCGGUGGCCGACUACUAUGACGGUUUUGGCCGGUACGCGGCCAACGAGCUCCGGCAGAUGGACAGGCAGUCGGUGAUCAUCGCCAAGCGGUUGGUCAACGAAGUUCUGUUCCUGGGCCAGAUGGGCAUGUUAAAUGUCAACACCAGGAUCGAGACGCCGACGACCGGCCGGCGGAAGAACGCGUCCGCGUCGACUGCGUGCAAGUCGGAAUCGCAUAACCGCCGGCACCGUCACCGUCGCGACGAGGACGAGGAAGACAACGACGAUGACAACGACUGCGAAGACCCUGGCCACGACGGUGGCGGACGCGAAUCGUCGUCGUCGCCGAUGCCGCCCGUCGAGUUCAUGGAGACUUCGUGAUACGCCGCGGAAAAUGGUCGGCCGAUUGACGAGCGAUCAUCAUCUCCGCACUGCACGUAGUCGAUUACCCAUCUCCCCACUACUCAAGUCUACGAAGACCGAACUCGGUUUGAUGACGACGACUGACGUCUACAUCGACGACGAAUCCAAACAAUCAGUCUGUUCAAUAUAUGUGUAAUGUAAAAUUUAUUUUUAUUUUUUAAAUUAUUCAAUAUAAUAUAUAUAAAAUAUUUAUCUUAUAAGACUGCUUGAUAUUCUAUACGCGUGGGUCCGUGUAUUGGGGCGCCACGAUGUGUUUUUAUGUUCUACAAUUAUUUGAGUACAAUUUUUUUUUUUUAAUUUUAAAUUUAUUGUUUUCGGAGUUUUUUGUCAUUUGGACGAUUCCUCAUUAUAACAGCUUAAAGAGUUAAUUGUAAUACUAUAUUAUAUAUUAUAUUUAUUAUACGCUUUAACUUUAAGAGUUACUUUAUAUGUGAUUCGUUAAUUUAUUAAUAUACCAAUUAUAUGCAAUUGAACGUUUUUAUCAUA